GAAGAGUCUAAUCAAUUGAGAUGAGCUAUCAUCAGCAGAAGGAAAAAAAAACACAACCCUUUUGAAGUGAUAAUUAAGAUGACCCAUAGAAGGCUGUGUGUGCUUAGAUGUUCAAUUUUGCAGUCAUUCGUGGAGAGAAUCAACAGGACUUGAAAUAAUACUUUUUACUGCAUCUUACUGCUAACUGAAUUUACUUGGGAAGAAGUAUGACUUUUAUAAUAACGCUACAGCUACUAGAAAAAAUGUGCUCAAUCUUGUAUUUCAUGCCUGAUGAACAUUUAUUACCCAUAAGGGAGCAGUUACAGUUUAUGAAUUAGUCUUUGAAGAUCUACUGGAAUGACUCUUACAAGAAAGACAUGUAUACCUCUGAGAAACCUUUUCCAAGAAGAUACUUUGGUUCUAUACCUGUCUCGGGCUAUAUGCAAAGAAGUUUCCAGUCAUGAAUUCAGAUGCCGAGCAGGAUGCUGCUAUCAAACUUGCCCAAGAACGAGCUGAGAUAGUUGCCAAGUAUGACAAAGGACGAGAGGGUGCCCAGAUUGAACCUUGGGAAGAUGCAGACUACCUUCUUUACAAAGUCACAGAUAGAUUUGGUUUUCUACAUGCAGAGGAACUUCCUUUUCAUGAUGCAGCAAUAGAAAGGCAAAAGCACCUUGAAAUUGAAAGAACUACAAAAUGGCUAAAAAUGCUGAAGAGCUGGGAAAAAUACAAGAAUAGCGAAAAGUUCCAUAGGAGAAUUUAUAAAGGAAUCCCACUGCAGCUGAGAGGUGAAGUCUGGUGUUUACUACUUGAUGUCCCUAAAAUGAAAGAAGAAAUGAAAGACUUUUAUAAUAAAUUAAAACAUCGAGCAAGAGGGUCUUCACCAGAUAUCAGGCAAAUCGAUCUUGAUGUAAAUCGAACAUAUAGGGAUCAUAUCAUGUUUAGAGACAGAUAUGGUGUUAAGCAGCAAUCCUUAUUCCAUGUUUUAGCUGCAUAUUCAAUAUAUAAUACGGAGGUUGGAUACUGUCAGGGGAUGAGCCAGAUUACAGCUUUACUCCUCAUGUACAUGAAUGAAGAAGAUGCCUUCUGGGCCCUGGUGAAACUACUCUCAGGUCCUAAACAUGCUAUGCAUGGCUUUUUUGUUCCUGGUUUUCCAAAACUGUUGCGGUUUCAAGAACAUCAUGAGAAAAUAUUGAAGAAGUUUUUGUCUAAACUUAAGCAACACUUUGACUCCCAGGAGAUCUCUACGAGCUUUUACACAAUGAAGUGGUUUUUUCAGUGUUUCCUUGAUCGUACUCCCUUUACAUUAACUCUCAGGAUAUGGGAUAUCUACAUACUUGAAGGAGAGCGAGUUCUCACUGCUAUGUCUUACACAAUUCUGAAACUACAUAGAAAACAUCUGCUGAAAUUACAAAUGGAAGAACUUGUAGAAUUUCUCCAGGAGACUCUAGCCAAGGAUUUCUUCUUAGAAGAUGACUUUGUAAUAGAGCAGCUCCAAAAUUCGAUGUCUGAACUGAAACGAGCAAAGUUGGAUCUACCAGCAGCUGGUAAAGAAGAUGAAUUUCCAAAGAAGCCGUUGGGACAAAUUCCAUUGGAACCUCAGCCUGCCAUGCUUAAUCUUACUCAUAUGCUCAAUGGACAGAGCAACACUAGUAUUUCAAGAACUCAGACAACAAGAAGGACAGAAAGGAGACUAUCUCCUGAAAAAGUACAAGAAGAUUCACCAAAUAACCGAAGAAUUAAUUCACUGGAAAAGAAGCCUUCUUUAAAACAGCAAAAGCCUGGACCAGUAGUCCGGAGUGAGCAAUCUAAGAAUGACGUAGAUAUCAGAAAAAAGCCUCAGUCAACAGUACAAGACAAUUCUAGACAAUAUAACAAUGCAGCUGCUAACCAAAAUUCUAAUGCUACUUCCGAUACAAGAAGGGAAUUUGUACCUAAAUGGAAUAAACCUUCAGAUAUCAAAGUUAUUGAAAAGACUACAAAACUUCCCGUGGAGGUAAAAGGUAGGUCAGUAAACCAUGCUGUUUCAGGCACGCCACCAAGUCUUGGUGAACCACAGCCAUUGAAUGUAAAACAAAAGAUGAGGGGUUUGGAUGCUGAUGAAGGUAAGCGAGGGUCUAACGCAUCGCAGUAUGACAAUAUUCCAGGUGUUGACCAUGAGAAUGAGAAUCCUGUUGAGGAGAUGCUAGAAAGAGCUCAUCCGCAAAAUCCCAGGAAUGUAACACACUCUAGUAGUCCUAGAAAGCAAGGUGCAAAAAUUCCUGGCCCACUAAAAAUAUCCAACCAUUAUGCUGUCAGUUCCCAACUGAGAAGCCCAAGAUAUUCAUCUCAGUCUGAUGGGUCAGAUCACAGAUCAAAUGUUAAACAGCCGCCACCAUCUUAUAGUAACCCACCUAUGUACCAUGGAAACACUCCAAAGCCUGCCUCCAGCGCAAUUAGUGCAAGUUUUAUACCUUCACAGUAUAAUCAUGGGAACCGAACCAACACUUCUGGUAGACCAUAUGGUUCUAUCUUUUCAACAGAUUUUUCUCCAGAUAAACCACAUAUGUACUCUUAUCCUGCCAAUCGCCAAAAUGCUAUUUCUCCACCUUCUAGUCGAAUAGAAGUCUUACCUGUUGAUGCCUAUCCUGGCAACUCUAGAUCACCCUCAGGUGUCAAAUUUAUAAUUCCUCCAGUGGAUUAUUUGUCAGACAACAGAAAGAGGCCAGAUGCUGCUUAUAUGUAUAGACAUGAGAUAUAUAGGCAGCCCUGGAACCAAGAUGCUAACCAAAGCCACUUGGGUAACUUACAGAAGUAUGCAGCCGGUCAGCCAACACCUAUUCAGGACCAUAAUCUUCCAACUGUUUCUGUGGAUAGUCCAAUAAGAUAUAGGACUUCACCAACCUUGGAAGAACAUGGUUCAGGCCCACCAGCCCCUGCCCAGCACUACAGAAACCAAAAUGAUGGGAUGUCUAUGCAUGAAUCAGUGCUUCUGUGAAAAUCAAUCAAUGCUAACUAAAAAGCAAGAACUGAAAACAUUAGAUAUAUAUUGCUGUGUUUAUAAUUGUCCAAGUCAGUAUUUUAUAUAGAAUGUGGGCAGUUCAUGCAAUUCUCUGAUAAAGUAAUAACAUUAUUUCAAAGCCAUUUUAAACUUUGGCUGAAAGGUAGUUGAGCUUUUAAACUUGCAUUGAACCUGUUGAAAGGGAUCUGAUGCAUAUAAACAUAGCAAUAGCAGUAGAGUCAUCUGCAAAAUGUGUCUAACACUACCAUGUUUCUGAAAUUUAAAUAAUUUGCACAGAGCUAUGAUCUUUCUGCCUAGCAACUGUAAUACAUUUGCAAGCUGUAUUUUGACUGACAUUACAAUGCAGUAAGUGUGCUUGCGCAAAUACACAAACAUUUACCUGGAGAAGAACUAAAGAGGCUAAAAUGUAGAUGCAUUUACUCUUGGGCUAGGUUAGUGAAGUAUUUUAUUUCAGUUUAAUUAUUUUCUUUGUAAUUUAUUUGAUAAAUGACCCAUUCAUUUUGGAUGGUCUUUCCUGUCUUUAUAUACAAACUGCCUCAGUAACCCAGGAUCUGAUUGAAGUUGGAGAGAUGCUCUGGGUUGUUAAUGUAAUCUUACAUGGGAUGCUGUUUCCCAGUUAAUCUCCAUUCCUUUGGCUGCUAUCUUGCCUUUCCCUCAGCCAGAAGGAACAGACAAGCAAAACCAUGAAGCCAAAAAGAGUGUCGCUCUGAUCUGGCCGACAAAUGGUGCUUAAAAUCAGGGCAGUCUGAGUGUAGCAAGUCUUUAGGGUAUGGAUGAACUUUCAGCACGGAAUCUGUACCUUGUACCCAAAUCCAAUGUUGCAAAGCAAUGCUUUGCGUUCCCAUUUAAGUCUUCUGAACUAUUUGAGCACACCGUAUACAAUGCUAGAAGCAGAAAUGGUGCUGCAUUCUCAUGGCAUGCAGCCUUACCAUGGGGUCUAACGUAGCAAACCAGUCAUAGUGUGAGCUACUGGAUUGCCAAACAGUCCUCUUACUGGUAUAAGAGUAUUGCCAGUCACUUGAAACUUGGGGGCCGAACAUGGGGGUUGUGUAGCUAUUUUCACCCUCUGUGUGCGGUGUAGGGUUGCCAACCCUCCAGGAUUGUCAUGGAGUCUCCAGGAGUUAAAGAUUAAUCUUAAAUUAAAGAUUGUCAUCUGAUGAAACCUCCAGGAGUACAUCCAACCAAAACUGGCAACCCUAGUGCUGUAUGAAUGCGUUCAGUGCUCUUUCCCAUAAUGUCAGUUCAAUGACAUGUUUUGCUUUUGCCCUCCUUUUCCCAGAAAGCAAUAGGCUCAUGUCCAGGGUUGGGCAAGUGCUGCUGCACUGUCAGGCCGUUGAGAGAUUGUGUGAUGUGCAACCCUGACUGUUAAUAAGAAGCUUAAUAGACUCUUUGUAAUUAAAUAUUUUUUUAAAUUAGUGUUUGCAGCCUUUUGUACUCUACAUUCUCCUUGGCUUUCAUCCACUGUGAAAAGAAAAAAAAUGCAGGUUAAGUGGCAUACUUGGGGUGCAGUCUUGUGAGCUGCUGAAUGUAGGAAUUGCUAAGCAUGCUGACUCUCAUUGAAGUUAAUGAGAGCUGAGGGUGACAGACCUCUUGCAAGACUAAGUCCUUAGAGCUUUUAACAGAAAAGAUUUAUAAUACUUAAAUACCAAAACACUGGUAGGUUCUGGGACACUUAAAAAUCAGUCUUUGUUUGUCAUUUGCAUUUUCUUGAGGUGCGUUAGCUGAGUACAUUGAACACUAGAAAACAGAUAAAUUUUUCUUUUAAAGAAUGAGCUGUAGUGCCUAUUCUUGCUGCAGGUUGGCUGUCUAGGUUUUAAGGUACAGAAGUAAAAUGUUUUUUGUUUUUUUUUAAAUGGAAGUAACAUUUAGUAUAUUUCACACACUUCUUUUGUGUAUAUAAUGAGCGGUGUAAUUUGUAAUGAACUGGGCAGUUUUAUAUUUUAAAGAUUGCAAACUGCAGUGAAGGAACAGUAGCUAAGCACUACACUGAAAAACUCUAAACUGAAAUUGAGAUGAUGAAUAUUACUUGGGCUUACCUUAGUUCUGAUUACUUACAGCAGCUUAGCAAUGUAUGUAUAUAAUGUGGUUAAGUGUAAUAAUCCCAAAGUUUUAACCAUGGUUCUGUGAUUCAUAAUAAAUAAAGCUGUACAAUUUACUUUGUGCUAGCAGCCUGGGACUGCUCCAAAAUAUGUAUCAACACUAGUAAAUACUGUAGAUUUUUAUAUAUAAAAUAUAUACACACUAUUUUCUUAUGUCCUCUGCAACAGUUUUUUAACUGUGUAUUCUAUUUUGAUGUGGUUGCAUUUUUAACGUGUAUAAUAAUAAUAAUAAAAUCUAUGUUAUGUGUCUUUUUUUACCAUCUUUGAUUGUUUGUAGGCAAAAGCCAUAAUUCUGGUCUUCCCAGGAUAAACUAUUCUUUGCAAAAAAUUAAUGGUAUACUCUUGUAUAAUGUAUGCCCUAUUUAAUUUGUCUGUGUUUUCUUUUAGACCGAGCAAUAUCAAUAUAAUUCUUAAAAUGCCUUGUCAUUGUUUCAGAAGUUACAGCUCAUUGAUUAUAGUCUUCAUUGCUAAACCUAGCCCUCAGCAAUGGCUUUAGAAACGAGUCUGAACUGUCAUUAUAAUUUUCCUGCCCUAUCCCAGUGUUCUCACCCUAUAUCCGUCAACAGUGGACUUAUUGACAUGAUAGAUCUAUACAAUUUUACUAAUCAGACUGAAAAAUAUCAUUU